CCAUACCAUCAGUUGGCGUAUGAUAACAAUAAACAACCCCCGAAACAAGAGGUACGCACCGACGGGACCUGUCGCUCCGUUUCAACUCAAACGCAACGAAAACAUGAGCCGCGACCGCUACGGACCGUCGCAGUAACGUCUCGUCCCGUAACGCGGCAGCGUCGUCCCGCCUGACACGAAGCAUUUUCUGGUUUUGGUGUCGACCCGAGGGGUGAAGCGGAGUUUCGGUUUACCCCUUCCUUAGCCCCCUGUAGCUAGCCGUGGCUCGUUCCUUGUUGUCGCACACUUUGCGCUAGUCUGUUAUGCAGUUGCCGGAGGACUGUAGUCGCACUCGUGUUCCUCCGCCGCCCCAUCGCUCCCUCUCCCCGCGGUCUCCGGCCCCAUGUCUCGCUGGCUGUUCCCCUGGUCGGGCUCGAUCAAGAAGCGGGCCUGUCGGUACCUCCUGCAGCACUACCUCGGACACUUUCUGCAGGAGAGACUGAGCCUGGACCAGCUGGGCUUGGACCUGUACAACGGCAGCGGUGUCAUCAAGGAGAUCAACCUGGACGUGUGGGCGAUCAAUGAGCUGUUGGAGUCUCUGGGAGCUCCCCUGGAGAUAGUGGAUGGUUUCGUGAGCAGCAUCACGGUGACCAUCCCCUGGCAAGCGCUCCUGACCGAUCACUGCACCUUAGAAGUUACUGGUCUUCAGAUAACAUGUCGACCAAAGUACCGAACCAGCGGGGGUUGGGACUCCCAGGGCUGGUCAUCCAGCAUGACCUCCAGCAUGCAGCUGGCUCAGGAGUGCCUGAAAGACCCCCCAGAGGCGUCCGAAGAGCCGCCUGCCCAACUGGAGGGGCUUGAGAUGUUUGCACAAACCAUUGAGACGGUCCUUCGGCGUAUUAAAGUCACCUUUAUUGACACUAUCGUCCGCAUCGAGCACCAGCCCCUGGACCUGGAAACAGGCGUUGCCUUAGAGAUGCACAUCAAACGGCUGGAGUACUUUGACGAGGCGGUGCGAGAUCCAGCCAGCCAGACUGCCGUGCCUGUCGACAUCCACCAGCCACCUGCCUUCCUGCACAAGAUCCUCCAGCUGAGCGCUGUUCAGCUGUUUUAUGACAGCACCGGCACAGUGCAGGGUUUUCCUGAGGAGAAUCAUCCAGAUUCAGCAACAGCAAGUGAAGGACUGGAAGAGGAGGAGGAGGAGGAAGAAGAAGGAGAAGAGGAGGAGGAGGAAGAUGAAGAAGAUGAGGAGGAGGAGGAGGAGGAGGAGGAAGAUGAGAAAGCACCAAAGCCCCUGGCUGCCCCUCCCUAUCCUCCGUCUCAGCCACUGCUCAUAGGAAGCUGCUCCGGUUUCAUUGAGACCACCGUCAAGAUCAAACAGAAUGAAAUGCUGCCUGGACCAAAGUUGGAGUUGGAUGGGAAGGUGGGCUGUGUCCACAUGCUGCUGGCUCCAGAUCAAAUAACCCACCUGACAGACCUGCUGGCAGCCCUCUGCAUAGACAUUGAGUCAGAGACUAAGUGUGGUGGAGUGCAAGGCCGCCCGUUAGACUCAGACGACCUGCGCAUGAUUGAGGAAGACCUCAGUAAGCAACUUGGUUCCAGUCCCAGAGACGGGGAUUGGGAUGAAGAGCCUGACCUGGAGCCUUAUGUCACUGGCCUGGAGAAUGGAGAUAUGUUUUACUCUAUGGGUCCUACUGGGAUGAGCAGUAGCAUGACAUCUGUGCGCUCCGGCAGCGAGCUGUCAGACAGUGACAUGGAGUCCUCUACACAGAGUCUUGCCAGCCUCACACAGCCUGCAGCACUGUCUGCACAGGGCCUUAUGAACUGUCCCAGGAGAUAUCCUGUAGCGGGCUGUCUGUCGAGUGUACCGCAGGCCAGCAGCCGGACCAGAGGACGCUCACACAGCGGCCAGGCAGAGCAGAUGAAGCCUGAUGCUCUGUUGCGUCUGACGCUUGGCGGGCUCACCCUAACCCUGCUGCAGGAGGACCCGCCUGCUAGCACUGACAGAGCCUCGUCAUUGGCUCAGGUGUCUCAGGUGUUCUUUCGGGAGUUGGCCUUCUUCAAAGACAGCAUGUUCAGCGAGAGAGACUUCCACCAUCUGAGAGGCGGCUUUGCCAAAGCCUGUCCACACUCUCAUCUAAGACUGACGGGAGCAGCAGUGCAGGUCGUUUGUGAGACGCGAAGCGGAAGACGCCACAGCAGAGCCGUGACCUCUGACAUUUCCUUCAGCAGACUGGAGCUGUUAGAAUGCCUCUGGGAGGACGGAAGACCCCAGUACAGCGAGUUGCUUCAGUUCCAGAAAUCUGGUCUGUUCUCAAUUGGAACUGCAGCCAGACCAUGUGCCCAACUACACUAUAGCCUCAGUGAAAAACACCUGCGUAAGGGUAAACAGCGGGUGGUGCGUCGGGAAAGCGUGGUGCGGGUGGAGCUGGCAGAGCUGACUGCUGAGCUGGACCUGGACAUCCUCAGUCGCCUGGGUAACCUGACUAAAGCCUUCAGCCACUGUCCCACACAGACUACUGGACCGGGACUCGCUCAGACCCAGAGCAGUGAGCUGUGCUCCUGCUUCACCCUCCUCUCCCCACACGCGGUCCUCAGGCUUCGUUUCCCCAUACCUGACCUGCGGCCCCUCCCAAAGCGUCGGCCUCCAACUCAGAGGGCAGUGCGGCAGGAAAUCUUGGUGCUGGAGCUGAUGGAGCUGGAACUGAAACACCAGGAGGCACCGGACCUCCAGGGUGGCCAGACCAUCCCUGGGCAGCCGUGGGCUCCAUGCCUCACCCAGCUCCUAGAGGCCUCCUUCACUGACCUGCAUGGGUCGUUUGAGGGAUGGGAGGGUGGCUCUUUCCCCUGUAUCAGAGUGAAGAAGAAUCGUGACUCUCUCCCCAGGAUAUCUGUGCAUGUGCGUGGAGGUGAUGCUCAGGGCCCGACAGCAGGUCUGAGUGGGACGAACAUGGGCCUCAUCAGGGACCUGGGGGCCGCCUUCUUUGAAAGUCACUGUGAACUCAACGACAAAACCAGCUCUCCGUUCUCCUCCAACCGCACCAUGUUUGAGACGGAGGAGAUGGUGAUUCCAGCCGACCCUGAGGAGAUGCGUCAGUUUCAGGCGCAGUGUGUCGCUCAGUGUCAGUGUGCUGUGGACAUCAACCUGCCUCUGGCCUACAUUCUCCUACCCAGCAAACAGGCCUUCCAGAGCAUCUACAACAGGAUCAACAAUGAUCUGUUGAUGUGGGAGCCGCCUCCCCCUCCUCUCCCCUCAGCUCGUAGCCCCGACCACAGCCGCCAUCGUCGCGACGAGUUUCAGCUCUGCAAGUCGGCCUUCAGACUGGACUCUGAUUCAGAGGAGGAUGAGCCUCCGUUCUACUUGGCAUGUGAAUCAGAUGGAAAGACACUGCAGUCGGCUCCCCGCCCAAACCACAACCUCAGUCUCCUCUCCCUCACUGUGAUUAUCGGCAAAGGACGCCUUCAAGCCAGAACAGACAGGAAGGAGGACCAGAGUCAUGGGGAGAUCAUACUCGACCUGGAAGGAGGGAAGAUAUUCAGUGUUGCGCAGCACCAGGAUGACCCUAAUCUCAAUUUCCUGUGUCUGGAGAGCAGACGAGUGGAGCUCUACCACAAAGCAGUGGUAACAGACACCCCCAUCCCACAGCGAUUGGAGAUACCAAGCUUCGCUCCCCCAAAACACUUGGACCCUACCAUCUAUCCCACAGAGGUGGGUGUGAGCAGCGUGAGCGGCAGGGAGGGGGAUCUACAGAUGUUAUCCACAGCCAUCAAAGUCACACUGGACCUACAGAGGAACGUCAAGGAGUUCCUUGUUGCCCUUCGACUUCAAGGUGCCACCAUGCGACAUUACAUGGCACAGAGCAGUCAGAGCUGGCAUGAGCAGCUGGUUGACUUCCUGGAUGUCAUUGAUGAUCCAAUCCUGGGAUACACAGCACCUGCCGUUAUCACUGUGCUGCACACACACCUCACUACCUGUGCCGUUGACUACAGACCACUGUAUCUGCCACUGCGAGUGUUGUUCACAGCAGAGUCAUUCUCUCUGUCCAGUAAUAUCAUCGUCGACACUGCCACCUUCCACCUCAGAUUCAUCCUGGAUGACUCUGCUCUCUACCUCUCUGACAAAUGUGAGACUGACACCGUUGACUUAAGGAGAGAUUAUGUGUGUGUUCUGGACAUCGACCUGCUGGAGCUCGCCAUCACCACAUGGAAAGGCAGCGAUACAGGCAAACUGACUCAGCCUCUCUUCGAGCUCCGCUGCUCCAACAACGUGGUCCACCUCCACACCUGUGCUGAUUCCUGCGCUGCCCUGGUCAAUAUGCUGCAGUACCUGGUCUCCCAGGGUGACCUACACCCCCCACCGCGACACGCCUCACCCACUGAGAUCGCUGGCCAGAAAUUACCACUGUCAGAGUGUCCUGCAUCGGUGCUGCCCUGCCCUCCAGCUGAAACCGCUGAGAUCAACCAGUACGAUCUGGCUGAUGCCUUAAUUGACACAGAGAAGAGCCACAGAGAAGAGAGUUUAGAUCCAGGUUCACCCUCCAUGCGGCGAGGCUCACCUGUCUCUGUCUACCUGUUCCCGGGUGAAGCCCCGAAGCGAAGCCCCUCCGUCCUGCAGGAGGAGGAGGAGGAGGACUCUGAGCUAGAUGGUUUGGUUGCCACAGCAACAGAGGCUCAGGCAGACGUGAUGUCGGAGGAAGGCUCAGACGGCUCCACCGACAACGACGACUUCUGCAUCCUGGAGGCCCCUGGCAUGGGCAUUCCUCCCAGGGAUGGGGAGCCUGUGGUGACUGUGCUGUCCCAGGGGCCCAUCAGGGUGAAGGACAGUCACUUCUCGCGGCCUCGAGGCAGCUCAGACCUGCUCCGAGCCCCCAGCCGCUUCCCGGUGCCCCAGAGCAGGGUGGUGCUACGGGAGAUCUCUGUGGUCUGGCAUCUGUAUGGGGGCAAGGACUUUGGUGGCAAACCCAUGUCCAUACAUGCCCAGCAGGCAAACAGAGGUCGUUCGGUCCCUGCUGGUGUUCGUAUGUCCCCGUCUCGCUCCGUUGGCGCCUCUCGUCCCCAGAACUCCUGGCGAUGGGCAGGAGGCAGCGGACGUCAGCACACACUGCUGAUGGAGAUCCAGCUCACCAAGGUGUCCUUCCAGCAUGAGUCCUACCCAUUGGCAGUAGCGGGGCCGGAUGGGGAGGGGUCAGUGGCAGCCAUAGUCGGGGUUGGUCCUGGCAGCGAGCAGCCCCUCUCCAGGCAGGUGUUCAUCGUCCAGGAGCUGGAAGUUCGCGACCGAUUGGCCUCCUCACAAAUGAACAAAUUCCUCUACCUCCACACCAGCGAGAGCAUGCCCCGCCGAGCCCACUCCAACAUGCUGACAAUGAAGGCACUGCAGUUGUGUCCAGAGUCUGGCCUUGGUGGUCCAGAGUGCUGUCUCCGGGUCAGUCUGCUGCCACUACGACUGAACAUCGAUCAGGACGCACUUUUCUUCCUCAAGGACUAUUUCAGUAAUCUAGCCUCCUCUGUUAACCCUUACCUGCCUGUGGACCCUGCAACUGAAGUGAAGGCAGACCCCUCCCAGAAGGUAUCUGAUGAGGCGGAGGUAGCUGCUGGUCUGGGACCUGACCUCACGGCUUCUGUGGAAACGACCUACAGCGAGCAGAGCUCCUCCUCUGCUGGCUCCUCGUCCUCCUCUGACCAGCCAAUCUACUUCCGGGAGUUUCGUUUCACCUCUGAAGUGCCUAUCUGGCUGGAUUAUCAUGGCAAACAUGUUGUCAUUGAGCAGGGAACGUUUGCAGGAAUCCUGAUCGGCCUGGCCCAGUUAAACUGUUCCGAGCUGAAGCUAAAGAGGCUCUGCUGCAGACAUGGUCUCCUCGGUGUCGACAAAGUGAUCCAGUACGCCGUCACAGAGUGGCUGACAGACAUCAGGAAGAAUCAGCUGCCGGGCAUUCUGGGAGGUGUUGGCCCAAUGCACUCAGUUGUCCAGCUGUUCCACGGAGUGAGGGAUCUGUUCUGGUUGCCCAUAGAGCAGUACAGGAAAGACGGGCGUAUUAUCCGAGGUCUCCAGAGGGGGGCGGCAUCCUUCGGCACCUCAACAGCAUCAGCUGCUCUGGAGCUCAGCAACAGGCUGGUGCAGGCCAUACAGGCCACAGCAGAGACGGUGUACGACAUCCUUUCUCCCACGCCUCCUCUGAAUCGCUUCACCAUCACAGAGGGCCGGGCCACCUCCAGCCGACCCCGCAGAGCCGCCCAGCCUGCAGACCUCCGAGAAGGUGUUGCUAAGGCCUACGACACUGUCAGAGAGGGAGUGAUUGACACAGCUCAGACUCUGUGCGAUGUAGCAUCCCGCGGCCACGAACAAAAGGGGCUGCCUGGUGCUGUGGGAGGCGUCCUGCGGCAGAUACCACCCACCGUGGUUCGACCCUUGAUAGUUGCCUCUGAAGCUACCUCCAAUCUGCUUGGUGGCAUGAGGAACCAGAUCAAACCAGACGCCCGGAAGGAGGAUUUCCUGAAGUGGCGCACAGAGGAUGGUCAAGAAUGAUGGCGGCUUUUUGUGUGUGUAUGUGUGUGAAUGAGAGAAUGAGUGUGUGUGAGAGAAAGAUUAGGGACAUUAUGAUUUGGGAAAGUCUGAGCUAAAGGAGUGGAUCCAGGGCCUGAAUGUGUAUUUGCAUGUGUGUAUGGUCUAAAGAGUCAGCUUGUGCUCCAAUGCAAAAACAAAGCAACGACUAAUUACUACUGCAGUUACUAACACCCAGUGUUUUAUGUGGCUCCAUCAUACAUGGACGUACCAGAUUUAUUAUUCUGUUCUGCAUUCAGCAACAGCUAUCAUCAUAUCCCUCCUCUCAUGCAUUAGUCUGCAGAUGUUCUGUGCACACAUAUCACCAUCACUCUCAAAUGACUGAUUUUUAAUUUAACCAAGGGCAAGAAGGAUUAUCAUUCUCAAGGUUUUUAUUCUUCGUCAGAAAGACACUGUGGGCACUUUGCAUACCCUGAAUUAAACUGUUUGUGUUCUAAUUUGGCAUAAGUAAUUCUACUUCAUGCGUAAUCAAAAUAGUCUUAGCAUGUCACAACUCCAGCAGCCCUUGUGAAGUAGAGACAGAGAGAAGUGCCCUUUGACAACACCCUUCAGAUGUUGGCAGAUGGUUUUCACCGACUUCACAACACUGUUUGACUAGUUCAGCUUUAGCCCCAUCAUGCACCCACUUGUUUCAGUGCUGUUAUUUUGUGCCAUAAACCUUGCAGAGUGCUCAUUUUGAUGAGUGUGUGUGUUGCCUUCCUCUGUCCUGUCCUCUCCCUCUACACACUGGCUUACAGUGAUACACACUUGACUGAAUAGAAACACCAGAUCACAUGAAAAUCUUUAGCACAUUGGAUUCUAUUAAAGCUUCACAGAGUCAAGUUAAAUUGUUUUUUUUUUUACAAAGUGAUGCCAGUCGACGGCUCUUCUCCCUGCAUUACAGCUCAUUUGUGCUUAUGUUUCCAUGAGGAGUUUAGGACUAGGGCCUGGGAUCUGAAUUAAACUUCUUAAACUGUC